AUGGUUCGUGUUUCAUCAGCUCCACCACGCCGCAAGUCCUGCGGAGCCUGUGUGGCUGCCAAGCGUCGCUGUGAUCUAGCCGUGCCGUCCUGCUCUCGAUGUCUCCAACGGAAGGUUCUCUGCGUAUACCCAGAGAGACAGCCGUCAGCUAAUCCGCCUUCGACAGGAGCUAUGGAGUCUCACAAUGGCUGUUCGCAAGCAGGUGCUCCAACUCUACCUGUCCACAUGGAGAAUCCCUUGUUUGGUCAACCAGAUAUCAUCGACAUUCUGCAGCCGAUGGGCUCCGAAUGGAACUCCAUAAAUGACUUACAGGCCGACAUACCUGUCGACCCUUCUUGGGAUUUGCUCCUCUUACCAAAAUUUGAACUGGCUAUGCCGCGGACAAAGCCAUUGACGCCUCUUUCGGAGAUCGUCGCCUCAAAGCUGCAAUUUGCAGUCGACGUUCUCAAGAACGCACCGAGUAUGAUGGUCCUCGAGACCCAACUCCCAUGGUGUCAUCCACAACUUUAUAAGAAAUAUAUGCCGAGGGCGAUGCAAGACGCCUUUUCAUGUUGUUCUAUGUACAUGUCCAGGAAUGAAACCAACACACCAGUGAUAAUGUCUUUAUUGGAUGCUCGAACCGAAGACCUCCUAUCUACUCCACAGCCGACAACACUAAUUGAGCUUCUCGCCCGUGCACACGCUUUGCUUCUCUAUCAGAUAAUGCGUUUAUUUGCCGGUGAUGUUCGUUCCUAUGCAACUGCCAAUUCUCUCUUCGGAACAUUAGAAUCUACAGUGGUCGCCCUUUGUGACAGUCUGUAUUUUCCCGACCCGUCAGAAUCAACCGAGCUACUCCCUCUAUCCAUGGACCCGAUAAUCGAGUUUUGGGAGUGGUGGGCCCUGCAGGAAUCCGCUCGACGAACCAUGCUUCUUACUUUCUAUUUCAUCCAAAUAUACAAAGUUUUACGAGGCGAUAUACCGGUACACUGCGAUGGGAAGCUUGGGUUGUCACAUUCAUGGUAUCUUUCUGCACAACUUUGGAAUUCACAAAGUGCGUUUGACUUUGCAGUGGCAUGGGCUGAGAAAGAUCAUUUUGUUGUUCGAGACCUCGAUUUCACUGCCAUCCUGGAGAAUGCCCAGCCAGACGAUGUGGAUCUUUUUGGUCGGAUGCUCAUGGUCACCCUACUUGGGAUUGAUGGUGCGAAAGCAUGGUUCUAUGCGAAAGGAGCGAUAAUGUGA